CUGAGACAGUACAAGAUAUUUGACAAACGUUAGCCAGAAAAGAAAACGAUGAAUUGCUUGAGCUCAAUCUGUUUCAAACCUUGUGUUCCUUCCAAGGUGCUUUAUCCCAGAACCAGCUCCACAAAAUUCACAACCAUGGUUCGUGCCAGUCUUCAAGAUCCUCAACCACCCAACACUAGCCAGCAACAACAGCUCAACCUCUCCGUUCUUCGCUUCACACUGGGGAUACCUGGGUUUGAUGAAUCCUACUUGCCCAGAUGGAUUGGUUAUGGCUUUGGUUCGCUUUUGCUCUUAAAUCACUUUCUUGGUUCUGACUCAGCCACUGUUACACCAGCACAGCUUAGUACAGAGGUUUUGGGUAUGUCAUUGGCUUCAUUCUCUAUUGUGCUGCCUUACCUUGGCAAAUUCCUCAAGGGUGCCCAACCAGUGGAUCAGACGACUCUACCAGAUGGAACGCAGCAAAUAUUUGUCAUGUCAACAGAUAUAGUGGAUGGAUUGAAGGAGGACCUGGCUUGGGCGUCGUACAUUUUGCUGCGCAAUUCGAAUGCCAUUGCUGCGCUAAUUUUUAUUCAAGGAGAUAUAUGUGCAAGGGGCUACUGGAACAUAACAGACGAUUCAUCAACAGAAAUUCUACUUGGUUUUUUCAAGAAAAAAGUUGAAAAUGCUCGCCUCUAUGAUUUGAAAGACACCCUAUAUUUUCCUCAAGAUGCAGGUGUUCCCGUUCGUGAGUAAUUACCGCUGAAAUCAAAUGUUGCGGUCAUUUGAGAUAGAGAUGUGUAUGCAGCAUAUACCUGGCCAUCCUUGCAACUCACAAUACUGAGGGAAUUUUCAAAGAUAUUUGAUAUUGUAUAUUUUAAACCUUCGCCUCGCCAGCCUUUUGAAAAAUCAUCUUUGAGAGUCACAACAAUACUGAGGGAAUUCACAUUUUCAUAAACCUGCCCGAACAAAAUAACAAAGCUGUAAGUUCAGCCACUGUCAAAGGCUGUGAAUCAAUUAUAACCUUUAGAUAGCAGAUACCAGUGCUAGUUCUCUCUCUGAUUAAUUGGCCUUGGCUCACCUCAUAAGUAACACCAACAUUAAUUGAAGCUAGAUGGCGCAGAGUGACUAAAGAAAUUGUCCCAGAUCCUAACUAGAUGCAUAAAGCCCUUGGUCUCUAUUGUGAAAAUGACAAUAGCUUUGCUACAAUGUCCUUUUUCAGUGCUCAAGGUAGAUGAAAAGGACUAUCCUCUCCCUUACUUCUCUUCAGCAGAAGAAUAUAGCAAUAGACUUAGCCCUAAAAAAACUCCCCAGAUUUGGAGACUAAACAAAAGCCCAAGCUUCCUGAAAUCUUCUCAAAUCCGAAUCAACGGCUUAGGGUUGCAAGUGCGAGCAAGAAGAAGACCGAGAGAAGUACGAGGGAGGAACCCUAGGAUGCGAGCGAGAGCGGGAGAGAACCAUGGCCGCAAACGUGAUAUCGAGAGCUGAAGAAAGAAUCCAUGGUUCGAGAUCAAGAUCGAUUGAGAGUUGAAGAGAGAAGCGUGGUUACGCGAGAUCGAGAUCGAGAUCGAUUGUGAGCUGAAGAUCUGCUAUAUAUAUUUUUAAUUCCUCGAGUUAGGUGGAGGAUAUAUUAGCUGACGGAACUGAGUCUAAAAGAAGAUUUUUCAAGGAUAUUGCUCCUUCCCUAAUAAUGCUUCAAUUAAUAUUAGGAAUAAAGGCCUUAUUUAUUAAACUGAUGAUUAAAUCUAAUCCUUACUGACAUGACUUGCCCUUCACUUUGAAUAUUGUAAGGUUUUGUACUUUUGUUCAAAUAAAUUGAAAGUUUGAUGAACU